AUGAGGUUGAUGCGUAAGAUAGUAUCGUCCGGCAAACCCGAUGCGGAUGACGGUCCCAAGCCGGCAAAUCGUAGCUCGAUCUCAUCCAUACAUUCUACGUCAAAGAAAUCCUCACUUGUUCCCCCGAAACAGAAACAAGCGGAAGAAACAACUGUACCGGGAGAAGCGUCGGUCAUAUUGGCAGAACCAAGCCGUAUGAGCGUUUGA